GCAAUUCCGGUUUAAUUAAUGAACCGGCAUAUCCAGUUUUUCCUAGGGAGGGUUUACGGAGAGGUUUUGGUGGAUUCGCCAGAAGCAAAGAGGCAGAAUCGGAGAAAAUGGCUGCAAUUGGCAUCGCCUCUAGGUCUGCUACAUUCAUGAGAUCCAUCAAUAGAACAGCUACUGCACGAAAUUUGAUCUCAUCCAGAGCUAGACCUUCUGUACCAAACCCUAAUUUCACUUCCCCGCGCUUCAACACUUCUUCUCGAAUCGAAGGUUCUGUUCCCAGGUUGCUGCGGCGAGAAUUAAGCACACAACAACCAUUUCACAGCACCAUUGCUGCAGCUUGCCUCGUUUCGAAACUUCCUUCUGAUGUCACUUCUCCUGAAGGUAGAUUUGCAAACUAUCUCAGUCCUAUCUAGUACCAGAACCUGAAGUAGAUGGGUGGCUUAUCAUCCCAGAGAUCGUUUUGUGCUAAGUUUGAUGUUUUCAAGGAAAUUCUCAGGUUUUGAAGUUAUAUCUGUCAACUGUCUUUGCAAUCUCUCAGCUUAGAUUGAACUUCUCAUACAUUUUUUUUGGCAGAUGUUACUAGUUCCAUUUGAUAUUAUUUUUUGGUUUGUAUCUUUUUAAUCAAAUGAUGAUUCCACCAUAGUUAUUUUCAGAAUGUAAGAUAUGUUGUCCCGGAUUCAUCUACUCUUUCUUAACUAGAAAAUAAGAUCGUUUGCACGGGAUGAGACCUUUACGUUUGUACCAAUUGAAUUAUGUUCCAUGGCUUUGUUUUUGACUCAAAUAACUGAAUAAGGG